AUGGAUACGUCAGAUUACAAUGAUAAAAUUCAACAACUAUUAUCGGAUGAAAGCACUUACACAAAUAUCAAAGCCGAUCCAACUAACAAGGUUUUGAAAAUUACUACUAAUCUAAUCAAAAAGUACUCCGAGUCGUUGAAUCUAGACGUCAAAUCUUUGAUUCCUUCUUGUCCAAAACCACCUAAGCUGUAUGGUUUGCCAAAAAUACACAAGGCUGAUGCUCCACUCCGUCCAAUUGUCAGCCAGAUCGACUCACCAACCUACAGACUGGCUAAACAUGUUGCCCAUGUACUUUCGCCACUGCGUGGACAAACCAGAGCACAUACACGGGAUUCGUACCACUUUGUUAAUGAGAUCAAACAUCUACAUCUCAGUGACAAUGAAACUAUGGUUAGUUUUGAUGUGCAAUCACUCUUUACAUGCUUACCGGUUGAAGAUUGCAUUAGUAUUGUGUCAAGAAAGCUGAAGGAAAAUGACAUGCCGAUAGAAUAUGCUGACCUUCUCAAGCAUUGCCUUACAUCUGGCUACAUGUUGUGGAAUAAUCAGUUCUACAAGCAAGUAGAUGGCGUAGCGAUGGGUUCACCAGUAUCCCCCGUUGUUGCCGACAUAUUUAUGGAGGACUUCGAGGAAACUGCUCUGCGUACCUCGCCCAUAACACCCAGGUUCUACAAACGGUAUGUAGAUGAUACUUUCACAAUAUUACCAUCUGAUAAAGUAUCCAUAUUCUUACAACAUCUUAACUCCAUAAAUUCCAAAAUUCAAUUCACAAUGGAGUUGGAGGCAAAUAAAUCUUUAGCUUUCUUAGAUGUAUUAGUCAUCCGUAAUCCCAACAAUACCUUAAGCCAUACAGUGUAUACAAAGCAUACCCAUACGGAUAGGUACUUAAACGGCGAAUCACACCAUCAUCCUACACAGUUAGCUACCGUGGGUAAAUCUUUGUUUCAGAGAGCACGAGGGAUCUGCGAUGAGCGACACCUGGAGACCGAACUUCAACAUGUCAAGCAAGUACUGCGAGACAACAAGCUUCGGGUACCGCGUCCUCAUCGCAGUGAACGUGUGAAACCAGCCACCGUCGAACGAGUACCUGCUGUGCUACCUUUUAUGAAAGGGGUCACUGACAAGAUUGGCUUCAUCUUAAAGCGAGCUUCUAUAAAAACUUUUUUCAAGCCGCCAAAAACGAUAAGUCAAUUUUUACCAUCUGUCAAGUGUCAUAUACCCUUACAAGAUGCAGGAGUAUACAAGCUUGAUUGUGACUGUGGUCUCUCUUAUAUAGGACAAACAAAACGAUCGAUCAAAACUCGCGUUAAGGAACAUAUAGCUGACUUAAAACAUCGUCGCUAUACUAAGUCCGCAAUCUGUGAACACAGUCUAGACACAGCUAGCCAUUAUAUUAGAUUCGAUAAACCACAGAUCCUCGCAAAAGAACACCGAUUCCAACCAAGGAUGAUCCGUGAGGCUAUUGAAAUUAAAAAACAUCCAAAUUUCAAUAGAGAAGAUGGCUGGCAAUUACCACCUGCUUGGGACCCCAUUAUUAAUAUAAUUAAAUCAAAAACCAAGCAUAAUUCACCACAGAUUAAAGACUCAAUUAGCACAAUUUAUCAUCCCAGAGCCUCUAGUUCGCGGGAGCCUGAAUCGCGCCAGGCCCGCAGACAAUUAGCAGAUAAUAAUAGAGAUAUCGUACAGUUAGAUAAUUUAGAAUUAGAAAGUUUAGAAUUAAAUAGUUUAAUAAUGACGCAAUACAACCCAGACGAAAUUUUCAAGGCCCUUCGUCUUGUCCCGGAAUUUGACGGAAACCCUAACAUCCUCACUCGGUUUAUUAAAAUCUGUGACUCCUUGGCUGCACAAUACCUUAGCAAUACACCCGGUAGCGAGUUUUCAAAUCUUUGUUUAAUUAAUGGAAUUCUAAAUAAAAUAACUGGGACCGCUGCAUGUACUAUUAAUUCUAAUGGUAUACCCGAAAACUGGCUAGGCAUAAGAACAGCCCUCAUUAAUAAUUUCUCAGAUCAGCGUGAUGAAACCGCUUUAUAUAAUGACCUCUCCAUAGCAAUUCAAGGCAACCGGACGCCACAAGAGUUUUAUAAUCAUUGCCAAACUUUAUUUAGCACCAUUAUGACUUACGUGACUUUACAUGAAACUAUACCGACCACAAUUCAGGCAAAACGAGAUCUUUACAAGAAAGUUACGAUGCAGGCAUAUGUACGUGGAUUAAAAGAGCCGCUAGGUUCCCGCAUACGAUGCAUGCGCCCAGACACUAUAGAGAAAGCUCUUGAAUUCGUUCAAGAGGAGUUGAACGUUAUGUAUUUACAACAACGUGACUCCCAAAAAGUACCUUUAACCCCUAAAGUACCUUCUACAUUACCCCCAAUGGCUUUUACUCCUGCAAGACCGCAUAAUACCGCUAUACCUAAUUGGCCAGCCCCAAUGAGUCAGCGCCCUACGGGACCCCCACCGCAACCUUUUAAAUUCCCUAUACCCGGACAGCAUCAAUCACGCAUGCCAACUAACACACAAAGAAUGUUCGCUGCACCUCCACCUAAUUAUAACCCCCGUAGUAACAUCUUUAGACUACCACCCCGAAAUAAUCCACCUCAAGGUCCUCAACCUAUGAGUGGUGUUCAACGUUUCACACCAAAAAAUUUACCUUUAAAUAAUAAUCCACAGCCAUCGAAUUAUUUUAAACCGAGGGAAAUGAAUAUCAAUGAAUGUGCAACAUAUGACGACUCGUAUUACAGCUAUUAUCAACCGGAGUAA